AUGGGUCGUAAGGUUGUAGUCGCUGUAUGUACUCUGAAUCAAUGGGCGUUAGAUUUCGAUGGAAAUCUUAAUAGAAUAUUACAGUCCAUUCAAGAGGCUAAGGAGAUGGGAGCUUUGUAUCGUACAGGACCCGAGUUGGAAGUGUGCGGUUAUAGUUGUGAGGAUCAUUUCCACGAAUCUGAUACAUUUUUACAUAGCUGGCAAAUUCUAGUAGAACUGCUAAAAUCUCCCACAUGCAAAGAUAUAUUGGUUGAUGUUGGUAUGCCGGUCAGGCAUCGGAAUGUUUCAUAUAAUUGUAGAGUAGCAUUCUUGAACAAAAAGAUACUGCUGAUUAGGCCAAAAAUGUUGCUAUGCGAAGAUGGUAAUUAUAGAGAGUCUAGGUGGUUUUCUUGUUGGACUAAAGAAAGACAAGUAGAAGAUUAUUACUUACCAAGAAUGAUAACUGCUAUAACUGAUCAAACAACUGUUCCAAUCGGAGACGCUGUUAUCUCAACGAAAGACACGUGCAUUGGAUUUGAGAUUUGUGAAGAGUUGUGGAAUCCUCAAAGUCGUCAUAUCCCUAUGAGCCUAGACGGUGUAGAAAUUAUAUCAAACGGAUCCGGAAGUUACAUGGAACUGAGAAAAGCCUACGUAACCGUCGACCUAGUUAAGAGCGCAACCUUCAAGAGCGGUGGCGCGUACCUGUUCAGUAACCUUAGAGGUUGCGAUGGCCAAAGAAUUUACUUCAACGGUUGUUCAUGUGUCGCGGUCAAUGGACAUAUCGUGAGUCGAGGGCUGCAAUUCGCUUUACCCGAUGUUGAAGUCAUAACAGCUACUAUAGAUUUGGAGGACAUCCGGUCAUAUCGAGCCAGUAUAAGAUCGAGGUCACACAUAGCAGCCUCAAAUCCACCUUUUCCAAGAAUUCCAGUUGACUUCGCAUUAUCAGACGAUGAUGACAUAUACCUAACUAUCAAUCCGCCGAUAGAAUGGAAGUACCUCACGCCGGAGGAAGAAAUCGAAUUAGGUCCAGCGUGUUGGUUGUGGGACUAUCUCCGGAGGUCGGGUCAGGGUGGUUUCUUCCUGCCACUGAGCGGCGGAGUCGACUCUACUAGCACAGCCUGUAUAGUGUUUUCUAUGUGCACACUCAUAUGUGAAACUAUACAUAAAGGAGAGAGUCAAGUGUUGUAUGAUCUUCGUAAAAUCCUCUGUCAGAGUGAUUACACUCCUUCCGAUCCUAUGGAGCUCUGUAACCGCUUGCUAGUCACGUGUUAUAUGGCCUCCGAAAACUCUAGCAGUGAGACCAAACAAAGAGCUUUACAGCUUGCAAGUGAAAUAGGCAGCUACCACUUCCCUAUAACGAUCGACGCUGCCGUUAGUGCUGUUAUAGGAAUAUUUACAACCGCUACUGGUUUGGUACCGAAAUUUAGAAGCAAAGGUGGCUGUCCAAGACAGAAUCUUGCUUUGCAGAAUAUUCAGGCUCGUCUACGCAUGGUGCUAUCAUAUUUAUUCGCUCAACUGAUGCUAUGGGUGCGAGGCAGGCCGGGUGGUUUACUAGUGUUAGGAUCGUCCAACGUAGAUGAAGCAUUAAGAGGUUAUAUGACUAAAUACGACUGUUCUAGCGCCGAUAUCAACCCAAUAGGCGGAAUAUCAAAGACCGAUUUGAAAUCAUUCCUGGGAUACGCUAAAAAUCGUUUCUUCCUGCCAUCUAUAAACGAGAUACUCCAAGCUCCGCCCACCGCGGAAUUAGAACCUUUGACGGACGGACAAAUAACACAGACGGAUGAACAAGACAUGGGCAUGACUUACUCAGAAUUAUCAGAAUUUGGGAAACUACGGAAAACAUACUACUGCGGACCAUACAGUAUGUUUAAUAAACUGGUACAUACUUGGGGUAAUAAAUGUACCCCAGAGGAGGUGGCUGAGAAAGUGAAACAUUUCUUCCGCUGCUACGCCAUCAAUCGUCACAAGAUGACCGUACUGACUCCGUCCUACCACGCGGAGAGCUACAGCCCCGACGACAACCGGUUCGACCACCGACCGUUCUUAUACAGGGUGCACUGGAACUGGCAGUUCAGGGUCAUUGAUGAAGCGGUCGUUCAAAUGACUAAGGACAAACGCAUCAAGCAAGGCGACAAUACACCGGAGCAGAACACUAACUUGGUGCAUUUCAAUAGGAACAGAGAAAGAAAAGGAGUUCUUAUAUAA